AUGCCCGCCAAGACGAUCCCAGUUGGACGCGACGCGACAGAGGAGGAGGAGAGCAUCGUCAUCAGCGGCAUCUCGGGCCGCUUCUCCGACUGCCUAGACAUCAACACCUUCCGCCGGCGGAUCCUCGCCGGCGAGUGCCUCAUCCGUCACGACAGCAGCCGAUGGCCAGUCGGCCUCUACAACCUGCCCACCGGCAUGGGCAAGGUGCCGCAGCUGGAAGACUUCGACGCCGACCUCUUCGGCUACAGCGACGACCAGGCCGACCUGAUGGACGCCCAGGACCGGAUCAUGAUGACGGAGGCCCACUCGGCGCUGCUCGACGCCGGCAUCCUCCCCGAGGCGAUUCGCGGCACCCGAACCGGCUACUUCUGGGGCAGCUUCGUCGACCAGGUGCAGUCGGCGCUGAAGGACGACUUCGAGGCGAAGGGGAGCAUCUUCCAGCACCACGCCUCGCGCAUCCACGAGGCCCUCGACCUGAAGGGGCCCGCCUGCUGGCUGGAGAACGGCUGCGCCACCAGCCUGACGGCCCUCCACCUGGCGGUGGCCUCCAUUCGAAAUGGCCUCUGCGACCAGGCGCUGGUCGGCGGGGUGAACAUCACUCUCGACCCGACGAAGGUCAUGUGGCAGGUGGACUUUAACACGCUCUCGCACGACUCCACCUGUCACGUCUUCGAUGAGAAGGCCACCGGCUACGUCAAAGGCGAAGGCGCCAUCGUCCUGGUAGUGCAGCGUCGCUCCCAGGCCAAACGCGUCUACGCCGAGGUGCUGGGCAUGCACUGCAAUGCCGACGGCUACAAGGCCGACGGCUUUACACAUCCUGGCUGGGAGACGCAGCGCGACCUGAUGCUCGCGGCGAUGCGCAACGCCGGCAUCAACGGCGCCGACCUCGCCUACUUCGAGGCCCACGGCACCGGGACGCAGGCGGGCGACAAGUGCGAGCUGCGGUCCAUCAAGGAGGCCAUCGCCGUGGAUCGCUCCACUCCGCUGAUGAUCGGCUCCAUCAAGAGCAUCGCCGGGCACGCAGAGGCUGCCUCGGGCGGCCUCGGCUGCCAGUGGCCGUCCAUGGCGAGGGAGAUGAUGGCGCUGCGGCCCUUUGCCAACUCCAUCCACCACUGCAUCAAGUACCUCAGUUCGCUGGGCUACGACGGGGCGCUGAUGCGCCGCUUUCUCUUGGAAGAAGAUCAGAAAGAAAUCGAGGAGGAGGCGCAGCCCAUCGUCCUCUCCAUCGUCGUCGUGCAGAUCGCCCUCGUGGACACCCUCCAGGCGCUGAACAUCACCCCCGAGGGCAUUGUCGGUCACUCGGUGGGCGAGGUGGCGGCCGCCUACGCCGACGGCUGCCUCAGCCGCGAGGAGACCCUCCAGAUUGGCCUCACCGUGGAGCGAGAGGUGUUUGCGAUGCGCGCCCGCACUCCCGGUGUCAUGGCCGCCGUGGAGCUGCCCUUCGAGGAGGCGCUCUCCCUCCGCUUCGGCACCGUGGACGUCGCCUGCGUCAACGCCGUCGACCUGGUGACCAUGGCGGGCAAUGAGGCGGACAUGGAGCGGCUGAUUAGUUUGCUUCAGGGGCGUGGCAUCUUCGUGCAACGGAUCGCCACCAAUCGGCUGACCACGCACACCCGCUUCCUGCGGAACUCCUUUGAGCGCACCUUCAUGCCCGCCUUUGAGCGACUACAAAUUAAGGGCCGCCCACGGACCGCCCGCUUCCUCUCCACCUCCUUCGAGGAGGCCGACUGGGCGGGCAGUGAGCUGUGCCGCCGCCCAGGCGCCGCCUACUUUGGCCGGAACAUGCUCCACGUGGUGCGCUUCUACCAGGCCCUCAGACACGCCCCCCGCCAGGCGCUCCUCCUCGAAGUGGGCCCCAGCUCGCAGCUGCGCUCGCCGAUCAGCCGCAGCUUCCGCGCCGAGGAGGACAUUCGCUACGUGGGCCUCAUGCGAAGAGGAGGAAAAUCAGCAGCCACAGUGGACAACAUCAGCCACUUCCUGACCGCCCUCGGCCAGCUGUACGCCGCCGGCCAGCCAGUCCAGCUGAAGUGUCUCUACCCCGCCGUGUCCUACCCCGUCUCCCGGCACACCGAGUUCCUCUCGCCCAUCUUCCGCUACGACCACUCCAAGCCGCGCUUCGUCACCCGCUACCCGCAGUACUUCUGCCCCAGCAAGGCCACCCGCUCCGUCUACACCGAGGAGGUCUCCCUGGCCACCCACCCCCACUUUGCCGACCACGCCGUCGACGGCCUGGUCCUCUACCCGGGCACCGCCUACCUCUACCUCGCCUGGCGGGCGGUGGCCAGCUGGUACGCCGCCCCUGACUACCUCGCCUUCCCCGUCGACCUGCGCAAGGUGAACAUCAGCCGGGCGACGAAGCUGUCGCAGGCGGCGGUCACCACCUUCAGGUGCCACUACUUCGCCGACACGGGCGCCUUCACCGUGGAGGCAAACGGAAGUGUCUGCGCCACCGGACUCAUCUUUCCGCUCGAUCCCAAGUUCAAGUUCAUCAAGCCUGUUGAAGAGCCGAAGAAGAACAGCAACUCAAACUCUGAAACUCUCCUCCUCGACAGCGAGUCCUUCUACCGCGAGCUUCACGUCCGCGGCUACCACUUCGGCAAGGCCUUCCAGAAUGUCCUCCAGAUUCGCGACGACUCCUCGGCGGCCGUGGUUCGCUGGACCGACAAUGUGGUCACCUACCUCGAUGCCGUCCUCCAGAGCUCGGUCCUCACGCAGACGCUCCGCCUGCUUUAUGUCCCCACGCUGAUUGAGUCGAUGCAGAUCGAUCCGCGGGCGAUCCAGGCGGGCCUUCGUUCAUCAAGUGAGUUUGGAGCAGGAGAAGCUUUGCAUGUGAGCGACGUCCGCCUCGACCGCGCCUGCAAGCUGAUUCACGCCGCCGGCGUCCAGGUGCUCAAUGCCUCCUUCAAGCCCAUCGCCCGGAAGGUGGAGGAGCUGGGCAACGCCGAACUGGUCAUUGAGAGUCACGAGGCGAUCGGCUACGACGAGGCGGACGGCAUUGAUCGCGAAACACGGGCCACCAUCAACCGCUACGUCGAGGACAUUGAGCAGCUGUUAAACAGCAGCCCCGGCGGCGAGAAGAAGCCCCAGCUCAGCGAGGCUCAGUUGAAGGCGAAGAACUGCGGCCUGUGGCUGGCGGUCAGCCGCGCCGACCCGGUGGCGCUGGCCACAGCCGCCGCUGGAUCGGCUGGUCGUCGAUGUCCACUUCCGCCCUCGCCCGUCUUCACCACCGAGCUGGAGUGCGACCUCCUCCACUCCACCUUCACCUCCGACCGCCUCUUCCGCACUCAGCUGGACGUGGUCGUGGAGAACAUCAACCUCUACAAUAAGCUGAACGUCCUGGAGAUCAACACCAGCGCCCAGCUGCUCUACCCGAAGCUGGUGAAGAUCAUCGGCCGCCCGCUCUUCAGCUUCAACAUGGCCAACCUGAUCUACUCCAUCGCCCACCCCGAGGUGGCCGCCCUGCCCGAGGAGAUCACCGGAAAUCACCUUCUGACCUUUCACCCCUUCGAGGUGGCCAAGUCCCGCUUUCCCUACCGGGAGAUGGACCAGCAGGAGCUGAUCAUCUACCGCGACCCUGCGGUGUCCCUGGACCAGCUGGCCACGCGCAUCGACUACGACAUGCUCCUCCGGUCGGUGGAGACGGCCCUCGCUCCCAAUGGCUUCCUCCUCGCCGCUCUCCGCGAAUCAGUUCACCCCCUGGAGGCCCUUUUCACCCCCUACCGCAGCGAGUCCUUCCACCUUCUCCUGGAGCAGUUCAUCAAGUUCGCCGAGGAGGCCGGUCUGACGUACGUCGGCCGCAAGUCGGACGGCUUCACCGCCUGUACGGUGCUCUUCCGCAAGGUCGACCACGUGGAGGUGGCCCGGCAGAAGGAGGAGGUAAUCGAGAUCAGCAACGACAACCUUGACUGGCUGGAGGUGCUCAAGGCGGCGAAUCGAAACGAGGCGGUGGAUCGCAUUUGGAUCCACUCGAGCGAUCCGCUCUCCGGCAUCGUCGGCCUGACGCGCGGCCUGGCGAAGGACAUCAGCCGCAACAAGGCGAAGUACCUCUUCUUUGAUCAGAGGGAGAGUGGGAUGACCCUAGAGAAGGCCCUUCGAAUUGCCCGUCGAACGCAGCUCCUGCAGAACGCCUUCAUCGAAGACGGAGGGAAGGUGGUACUGGCCAGCUACCGCCACAUCACCUUCUGCGAGACGCCCGAGCUGAGAGAGGGCGUGACGGAUUUUGAGCUCCGCCAGACCAAAACCGGCGACCUCUCCUCUUUCCGCCCUUUCGUGAAACAGCCGCUCAGCUCGCUGGGCUUCGAGGGGGCGAUUAAACAAGACAAGGCCGCCGCCUGCACCAUCUACAAGCUAGGCCCUGAGGGCCUUUCCGCGGACAACCCCAAAGCGAAUCAGAUUCUGGUGGAGGUGAGCAAGGCGGCGCUGAACUUUCGCGACGUGAUGAUCGCCACCGCGCGCAUGUCACCGGCGGACGUCAGCGACCGCAUGGCCUGGGACGACGUCGUCCUGGGUCUGGAGUUUGCCGGUCGCAUUGCCGGAAGUGGAGGAAGUGCUGGAGGUGGUCAUCAGCGAGUGAUGGGCUUCGCCAACAGCCGCGCCAUGGCCACCAGCAUCAUCGCCAACCGGGAGUUCCUCUGGCCGGUGCCCGAUGAGUGGUCGCUGCUGCAGGCGGCCACCGUGCCGGUCGUCUACGCCACCGCCUACUAUGGGCUGCUGAUCAGGGGGCGGCUGCAGAAGGGCGAAUCGGUGCUCAUUCACGCGGGAACGGGGGGCGUCGGCCUGGCAGCCAUCAACAUUGCCCUCUCUCUGGGCUGUCGCCUCUUUGUGACGGCGGGCACCGAGGAGAAGCGCCGCUUCCUGGCCACCACCUACCCCGCUAUUGAAAAGGGCUGCAUCGGCACCACCCGCGACACCUCCUUCGAGACGAUGGUCCUGCAGCAGACGGGAGGAAGGGGCGUGGAUGUGGUGCUUAACUCCCUCACCGACGACAUGUUCUGGGCGACGUUGCGCUGUCUGGCGGACAAUGGCCGUUUCUGCGAGAUUGGCAAGUACCAGUUUAUGAAUGAUGACUUUAUGG